CGAAACUGCGUGAAUUGUUGGAUGUUGGGAACCUAGGAGGUCGACUGGAAAAUCGAAUGAUAACUGUCGUCUAUGGUCCGGACCUGGUCAAUAUAUCGUACCUGAACCUAGUGGCAUUUCAAGAGGAUAUAGCAAAGGAAUGGUCAGAUGAAGUGUUCAGUCUGGCAACGAAUUUGUUGGCACAGAACAUGUCAAGGGAUGCAUUUCUGGAAAAAGCUUACACAAAACUGAAGCUGCAGGUCACUCCAGAAGGGCGUAUUCCUCUGAAGAACAUAUACCGCUUGUUUUCCGCUGACAGAAAACGGGUAGAAACUGCGUUAGAAGCCUGUAAUCUUCCAUCUUCCAGGAAUGAUUCAAUCCCUCAAGACGACUUCACGCCUGACGUGUACAGGGUGUUCUUAAACAACCUCUGCCCUCGCCCAGAAAUCGACCACAUCUUUUCCGAUGAGUUUGGUGCCAAGAGCAAACCAUACCUUACUGUUGAUCAGAUGAUGGAAUUUAUAAAUUUUAAGCAACGUGAUCCACGAUUAAAUGAAAUCCUUUAUCCACCAUUAAAACAAGAACAAGUUCAACAACUGAUUGAGAAAUAUGAACCCAACAGUAAUCUAGCAAAGAAAGGACAGAUAUCAGUGGAUGGAUUUAUGCGAUAUCUGAGUGGAGAAGAGAAUGGCGUCGUUCCACCCGAGAAACUGGAUUUAAAUGAAGAUAUGUCUCAACCACUGUCACACUAUUUCAUCAAUUCCUCACACAACACCUACCUCACAGCUGGGCAGCUGGCUGGGAACUCCUCAGUAGAGAUGUACCGGCAAGUGCUUUUGUCCGGCUGCCGCUGUGUGGAGCUCGACUGCUGGAAAGGACGGACAGCGGAAGAGGAGCCGGUCAUUACCCACGGAUUCACCAUGACAACCGAAAUAUCCUUCAAGGAAGUAAUAGAAGCUAUUGCUGAGUGUGCAUUUAAAACAUCACCUUUUCCAAUCCUCCUUUCCUUUGAAAAUCACGUGGAUUCCCCUAAACAGCAGGCAAAAAUGGCAGAAUACUGCAGAUUAAUAUUUGGAGAUGCAUUGCUUAUGGAUCCAUUGGAAAAAUAUCCGCUUGAACCUGGGGUUCCGCUCCCGAGCCCUACGGAUUUAAUGUACAAAAUCCUGGUGAAGAAUAAAAAGAAGUCACAUAAGUCUGCAGAUGGAAGUGCAAAAAAGAAACUCUCUGAGCAAGCUUCUAACACAUGCAGUGAUACAUCUAGUAUGUUUGAACCUUCCUCCCCUGGAGCAGGAGAAGCAGAGAUUGAGAGCGAUGAUGAUGAUGACUAUGAUGAUGAUUGUAAAAAGUCCUCGAUGGAUGAAGGAACUGCUGGAAGUGAAGCUAUGGCCACAGAAGAGAUGUCUAAUCUGGUGAACUACAUACAGCCGGUGAAGUUUGAAUCAUUCGAAAUAUCAAAAAAACGCAACAAGAGUUUCGAAAUGUCUUCCUUCGUGGAAACCAAAGGGCUCGAGCAACUUACAAAGUCUCCUGUGGAAUUUGUGGAAUACAACAAAAUGCAGCUAAGCCGAAUUUAUCCAAAGGGAACGCGUGUAGAUUCUUCCAACUACAUGCCGCAAGUCUUCUGGAACGCCGGCUGCCAGAUGGUGGCUCUUAACUUCCAGACUGUAGAUUUGUCUAUGCAAAUAAACAUGGGAAUGUACGAGUACAAUGGCAAAAGCGGAUACAGGUUAAAGCCAGAAUUCAUGAGGAGACCAGACAAACAUUUUGACCCAUUUACUGAAAGUAUAGUGGAUGGAAUAGUAGCUAAUACCUUGUCUGUCAAGAUAAUUUCAGGUCAGUUUCUUUCUGAUAAAAAAGUUGGUACCUACGUAGAAGUUGACAUGUUUGGCCUGCCUGUGGAUACACGAAGAAAAGCUCUGAAGACUAAGACCUCUCAAGGCAAUGCAGUUAAUCCUGUGUGGGAAGAGGAGACCAUAGUGUUCAAGAAGGUUGUUUUACCUUCCCUGGCAUGUUUGAGGCUAGCAGUGUAUGAAGAAGGAGGGAAAUUUAUUGGUCAUCGGAUAUUGCCCGUCUCAGCAAUUCGGCCAGGCUAUCACUACAUCUGUUUGAGGAAUGAAAGGAACCAACCUUUGACACUGCCAGCUCUCUUUGUGUACAUCGAGGUCAAAGACUAUGUACCCGAUACUUAUGCAGAUGUGAUAGAGGCCUUAUCCAAUCCGAUUAGAUAUGUAAACCUGAUGGAGCAGAGAGCUAAGCAGUUGGCAGCAUUGACACUGGAAGAUGAGGAAGAGGUGAAGAAAGAGGUUGACCAUGGAGAUGCACCAUCGGAAGCCAACAGUGAACCCAGGUCAACACCAGCAGAAAAUGGAGUGAAUUGCACUGCCUCCCUUACACCGAAACCAGCAACUCAGGUUGUCCAUAGCCAACCAGCGCCAGGUUCGAUGAAAGCACCUGCAAAGACAGAAGAUCUUAUUCAGAGUGUCCUCACAGAAGUGGAAGCACAGACUAUUGAGGAACUGAAACAACAGAAGUCAUUUGUCAAGCUUCAGAAGAAGCACUACAAGGAAAUGAAGGACCUUGUAAAGAGGCAUCACAAGAAAACCACUGAUCUUAUCAAAGAGCACACUGCGAAGUAUAAUGAAAUCCAAAAUGACUACCUGCGACGAAGAGCAGUUUUAGAAAAAACGGCAAAAAGAGAUAGUAAGAAAAGGUAUGAAGCGGGGAGCCCAGACCACAGCUCUUCGACCAUUGAACAGGAGCUGGCCGCGCUUGACUCGGAAAUGACCCAGAAGCUGGUGGAGCUGAAGGAGAAGCAACAGCAGCAGCUGCUAAACCUCCGGCAGGAGCAGUAUUACAGCGAGAAGUACCAGAAGCGGGAGCACAUUAAGCUGCUUAUUCAGAAGUUGACAGAUGUAGCAGAGGAGUGUCAGAACAGCCAGCUAAAGAAACUGAAAGAAACCUGUGAAAAAGAAAAGAAAGAAUUGAAGAAAAAAAUGGACAAGAAGAGGCAGGAGAAGAUCACAGAAGCAAAAUCUAAGGAUAAAAAUCAAAUGGAAGAAGAGAAGACUGAAAUGAUUCGAUCGUAUAUCCAGGAGGUGGUGCAGUACAUAAAAAGGCUAGAAGAUGCUCAAAGUAAAAGACAGGAGAAACUUGUUGAAAAACACAAGGAGAUUCGUCAGCAAAUACUGGAUGAAAAACCGAAGACUAUCAAGCAGAAGUUUCAGCUCCAGGAGGAAGGCAAGGGGGCAGCAGGAGCAUCCCCAGCAACGCUGUGUCCAGCAGCUCUUCCCGCUCAGGCGCUCACGCACGCCUGA